AUGAAAAUAGAUGAUGGAGUGUUUGGAAGGUGCCAGAAGGUUCCGGCGAUAGACAUAUACCGCUAUGAAGUGUCGCCCGUGGUUCUGCAGCACCUGAGGGUCACCUUGCAGAAGCUGUCCCGCACAGGUUUCACGUGGCAGGAUGACUACACACAGCGUGUGAUGGCCCAGGAACUUGCACACCUACCCAAAACCUACCCAUGGCAUCCUGAAGUUUCCAACCCAGCCAGGUAUUUACAGAGAAAGAGUGAUAGCGAGAAGUGGACAAACAUGGAGAAUGACGUGGCCCUGGCCAAGACGCUGCAGCGCUACCUGCCAUACCUGGGGGCUCUGUCCCAGGCCACAGCUGCAAAUGUGUACCCCAGGAAGAAACAUGACAAAGCCCCAACUGAGGGUGAUGGCCCAUUCCCUGAGAGCAUCCUGACCUACGUGGCCCACACAUCCGCACUGACCUAUCCUCCCGUGACCCGGACCAAGUACCCUGAGGACCUCCCACUGCGCACCUUCAGCCGACUCCAGCCAGAUGAGCUCACUCCCAAGGUGGACAGCGGUGUGGACAGACAGCACCUGAUGGCGGCUCUCAGCGCCUACACUGCUCAGAGACCCCCUGCGGCCUCCAGGGAGGGCGACCCGGGGCUGCAGUAUCUCCUGCGUGAUCCCUCAAGGGUACCGAGGCCCUUCUCGGCACCAGCAGCCCCCCAGCAGUGGUCCUCACCUCCAGGAGACCCAAAAGACCCCAGCAUGGAUGAUGGAGACCUCAUUCAGAACCUGCUCAAGGACCUGAGGAAGCAGCAGGCCGAGGUGGACAGCCUGAGCUCCCUGGAGUUGGACGAAAUGGCAAAUGUGAUUGCCAACAUGAUGCAAGGUGGGGGUGCAGGAGGAGGUCAGGCCAGCCGCGUGAGAGGAGCCGCAGGGGAGCCGAGAGAGCAGGUGGACAGCCCGGCAGCCGCGCUCCAAGAUAACAGGGUACACGAUGAUGAUGGUGGUGAUGAUGAUGGAGUUUACCAAGAGGUGAAUCGUUUGAGCGUCAGACUGGGUGACCUCCUGCAGGACCGUGGGUCUCGGCUCUCCCCUGGGAGUCCCACCCCUGCAAAGUCGUCCAAAACGGAGAUGAAGAAAUCGGAGGAACCGGAAGCUUCCCUGUCUUCAGAAGAGGAGGCUGCUGGGGUGGAAGACGUGAAAAGCCAGACUUACUCCAAAGACCUGUUGGAGUUGCCGAAUUCCGAGCCCAGGGUGGACAGGCUCCAGGAACCCCCAGACUGGACCCGAGGGCCUUGGAAGAAGCAGCAAAGCCUUCAAACAGGAGCCCGGGACCCUGCCAGGGAGGGCUUGCAGCUGGAGGUCAAGUCUUCAGAGGAAGAGGAGUACGGCUACGUUGUGACACAGCGCGACCCCCUGAGCCUGGAGAAGGGGAGGCGACUGAUGGAGGACAUCGCCCAGCUCCUGCAGGUGCCACCGAGCGUCUUCGCGGACAUCAAUGUUCUGGGAUCCGCAGUGACCUUCAAGGUGAACGCCAAUGUCCAGAAUUUAACCACUGCAGACGUCGCCAGGGCCACAGUGGACAACAAAGACAAACUGGAAAAAACUUCUGGAUUGAAAAUUCUUCAAACCGGAACCGGGUCGAAAAGCCAGCUGAAGCUCCUGCCUCACCAGGCGGAGCAAGAGGACUCCACCAAGUUCAUCGUGCUGACCUUCCUGUCCGUCGCCUGCAUCCUAGCCGUCCUCCUGGCUUCCGGCCUCCUCUACUGCAUCCGCCACAGCUCUCACUACAAGUUGCGGGAGAAGCUGUCAGGACUAGGGGGCCACCCGGGUGCGGAUGCCACCGCCGCCUACCAGGAGCUGUGCCGCCAGCGCAUGGCUGUGCGGCCGUCGGACCGCCCUGAGGGCCAACACACGUCCCGCAUCAACAGCGUCUCAUCCCAGUUCAGUGACGGGCCGAUGCCCAGCCCCUCUGCCCGGAGCAGCACCUCGUCCUGGUCCGAGGAGCCCGUCCAGUCGAACAUGGACAUCUCCACCGGCCACAUGAUCCUGGCCUACAUGGAGGACCACUUGAAGAACAAGAACCGGCUGGAGAAGGAGUGGGAGGCGCUGUGUGCCUACCAAGCAGAGCCCAACAGCUCGCUCGUGGCCCAGAGGGAGGAGAACGUGCCCAAGAACCGCUCCCUGGCCGUGCUGACCUAUGACCACUCCAGGAUCCUGCUGAAAUCCGAAAACAGCCACAGCAACUCGGACUACAUCAACGCCAGCCCCAUCAUGGAUCACGACCCGAGGAAUCCUGCCUACAUCGCCACCCAAGGACCACUUCCCGCUACCGUGGCGGACUUCUGGCAGAUGGUGUGGGAGAGCGGCUGCGUGGUGAUUGUCAUGCUGACACCCCUGACGGAGAACGGCGUCCGCCAGUGCUACCACUACUGGCCCGACGAGGGCUCCAACCUCUACCACGUCUAUGAGGUCAAUCUGGUCUCUGAGCACAUCUGGUGCGAGGACUUCCUGGUGCGGAGCUUUUACUUGAAGAACCUGCAGACCAACGAGACGCGCACGGUGACCCAGUUCCACUUCCUGAGCUGGUAUGACCAGGGAGUCCCUUCCUCCACGAGGCCUCUGCUGGACUUCCGCAGAAAAGUAAACAAGUGCUACAGGGGCCGUUCUUGUCCCAUAAUUGUUCAUUGCAGUGACGGCGCGGGCAGGAGCGGCACCUACGUCCUGAUUGACAUGGUUCUCAAUAAGAUGGCCAAAGGUGCUAAAGAGAUUGAUAUCGCCGCGACCCUGGAGCACUUGAGGGACCAGAGACCAGGCAUGGUUCAGACAAAGGAGCAGUUUGAGUUUGCGCUGACGGCCGUGGCCGAGGAGGUGAACGCCAUCCUCAAGGCCCUCCCCCAGUGA